CCAUCCUCUUCAAUUUCAUCAAAAUUCACCUUUUGGCAACGGUAAUUCACCAUCAAUGACCGAGCUUCCACCAAAAAUGCCAGAUCUUACUCCGCAAGUCGAGAAUAGUGAUCUGGUAAAUUUAAUGCCGUUUAAUAAUUCUUCAGAUUUGAUUACACCAUCUGCAACAUCAUCAAGCCAACAACCUAAUCGUCUUUCAGUAACUAUUGAACCUGAAGACGAAGGAGAUAAUUGGGACGCUGAUUUUGUGGAUUCGAUACCUUUUGCAAAAAUUGCAGAUAUACAGAGUAAACAAUUGAAUCACAAGUCAUCUGAUGAGGAUAAUGCACAAACUAUUCGGCCAGGUCGAUUUAAAAGUGGACGAGAUAAGAGUAAAAAAUCAACGGUAUCUCGUGAUGAUAAAGAUAAUAAAGAGGACAUUUUUCAAAAGAAAGUAUCACUAAAUAAUAAAGGCAAUAAACAUCAAGAAAAGAUCCUUCGUGAAAACAAACAACAGGAAAUAGCUCGAGAUAAGAAUGAACCAGAGAAAGAGAAGAUUGAGAGAAUUGCAGAUGCUAUAGUUGAGGACAAAUCUGAAGAAAAGGACAAUGGCUGGGAAUCCAUGCAAGAUACGGUUAUUCGUAUAAAAUCAAAUAAUUCGGACAAUUCAAAUAACACGGAAUACACCAAAGUGCUUGCCAAACCACCGCUUGUUUCGCCGGUUGCAAAAUCCAUAGAAACAUCGAAAAAUAAUAAAACAAUAACAGAAAAUCCAGCAAUAAAAUCGAUAAUUAAACAUCAUACUCGUGCGCAUAGUGCCAAUUCUAUACCAAGUCCAAUUAGUUCCUCUCAGAACGGUACAAAUGUCAUGGGUAGUAAACAACUUCCACCAUUACCGACACACAAAUCCACAUCGUCCACGGUAUCUGCGACAGCUACUAGUUUACCAUCAAGAAGAACUGCCUUGUCUCAAAUCGAAAUGUCUCCAAAACAGCAAGCCUUUAAUAGAGUGGUUGUAACUCCACUUCCAAUGUUGUCUCCCGAAGAAGAUUCACAAAAUUCAA